AAAAUCAAAGUUCUGAACUAACCAGUAAGGCAAAAGUGAGUAAAAAAAUUGGAAAGUUUCACUUUCAGAUUUUCAUAGUUUAAUGCCGUAGGUGAAACUCCAUGGUUGACUUGGCCGCCCCAGUCAACGAAUAGGGACAGCCACAUCAGCAAUGACCAAAAACAAACAAACGCGAAUUCUUCCCUUUGUUCAGAUCAGACCCACCGUUAAUGGCGGCUCGAUUCCUUCUUCUUGUUUUUUUUUUUUUUUUCAUUUUCCAGUUUUUCCCCUCUUCUUCCUUCCUCCUCUUUCCAGUCCAGUCUUCCAUUUCUCUCAGUCAACCUCUCCCACCAAACAACACCAGAAAAAAAAUCCGACCCAAACCCAUCAAAAAAUCAACCGUAGCCCCGGUUUCCACGUCCUUUUUCUUCUUCUUCCCCUGUUUUUUUUCGGGUUUUUUCAGUGAUGGAUUCUUCUCUCCAAUCAAUCAUAGCAGCCAUAGCCAGUUUUAUUGUGGUGACUUGUUUGUUUGCCGUAACAUUCAUGAUAUGCAAAGCGGCUUCAAAACGGCAGCGUGUUCUGAAUCAGCAGCGUCUUCCGGUGAGAACCACCCGGGCAAUCCGGUCCAGGACGGUGCCCGAUAACAAUCAUCCCAAGAAGGAUCCGGAUCUUAAUUCGAUCACAAUCGGAGAAAGCGCCACUUUUGACCCGGCUUUGAGUAAGGUCUCUAUAGAGGAACUCGUUCGGGCCACCGCCAAUUUCUCGCCGGAAUUGAUUGUCGGGGACGGCAGCUUCGGGUAUGUCUAUAAAGCCAAGCUGUCCAGCGGAGUUAUGGUGGCUGUUAAGAAACUCUCAGCCGAUGCAUUUCAAGGGUUCCGGGAGUUCCGGGCUGAGAUGGAAACUCUGGGGAAGAUCGUCCACCCGAAUAUCGUCAAGAUUCUCGGGUACUGCGCAACGGGUUCGGAGCGGAUUCUGGUCUACGAGUAUGUGGCGCAGGGGAGCCUGGACCAAUGGCUGCACGACACGUCAAGCUCGUCGGAGGACGACGUGGGUCUUUCCGGCGUAAGGUUCCCGUUGCCCUGGUCAACCCGGAUUAAGAUUAUUCAAGGAAUUGCCAGGGGAUUAGCUUUUAUGCAUAGUUUAGAGACUCCAAUUAUUCAUAGGGACAUCAAAGCUAGUAAUGUUUUGUUAGAUGAGAAUUUUGUGGCACACAUUGCUGAUUUCGGAUUAGCUCGGAGAAUGGAAGGUUCACAUUCACACGUAUCGACUCAGGUGGCCGGAACGAUGGGAUACAUCCCGCCGGAGUACUUGAGUGGGGCCACAAUGGCCACCAUGAUGGGCGAUGUUUAUAGCUUCGGAGUACUAAUGCUGGAGAUCAUCACCGGAAAACGGCCGAAUUUCCCAUUCAAGGGAGAGGAUGGGAAGGAAAUCAGGUUAGUUCAGUGGGUUCAUUCCAUGGUGGUUAAAGAACAAUAUGUGGAAAUGGUUGAUGCUAACAUAUUGAAGAGUGAACUGAAGCAGAAUGAAGUAAUGGAAGUUGUCACCAUUGCUACAAUGUGUGCUACUGAGAAUGGUAAAAUUAGGCCAUCCAUGGAGGAAGUUGUUCAAGAAUUGGAUGGAAUCCCAACAACAUAGGAAAAUGGAAAAUGAUUGGUUUUUUGGGUAUCAUUGGAGAGUCUCCAAAGUUGCAUUGAGGAACCAGGAAUAUGCAGAUUCAGCCACGAGGUAAAAUGUUCUAUGAUUCAAAUGGGGUCACUUCAAAAAGUGUAAAUAUAGCUUUUUUUGAGCUUUUAUGAUUGACAGUCUAGUUUAUUAAUGAUUCUUAGAAUAUAUAAUUUUUACUUUUUUUUUAGUUCAAAGAUUAUUUGACAAUGUUAAUACUGAAUACUCCAAGGAUCUGUGGUUAAAUUCUUUGGGAGCCAAUUUGGGGUGCCAAAUUGAGCAUUUUUUUUUUUUUUUGGGAAGUAAUUUAGAAUACUCUUAUCGGUUUGUAUGAUAUCUUUGGAGGAUUUCACGGCAUAAAAAUGCUUCUGAGUUCUGACCAACUUCCUAAUUUGAUUAUUUCAAUUGGAAAGUUGCAUUUGUUGUUACUUUUAAGCGAAUGUUCAAUAUUGAUGACUGAUUAUCACUUAUCAGUUAUCACAUGUAAUGACUGUUUAUUUAGUAUAAUUGAAAAUUAUAAGUACAUGUCUUGGAAUCUUCGUUCUGCAUUUUUAUCAGUUUUUUUAUAAUUUGGGUGAUAAGAGAGAUCGUGAUUCGUGAAGGGUACGUGCAGUACUAAAUUGGCUGUCUAAUUAUCAGAUUUGCCAGACGAGUAGGCAUCACGAAUCAUAUCUGUAGUCAUCGUAUUCAUAGUAACAACAAUUUUAAAGGUUUAGUUUUUCGAAAAUCAAAAUAAAACCGGCCUCUAAGGUAAAAUUAAUGGAUAAAAAAUUGUCACAUUUAUUUAUCCCCCAAGAUUGCGAGCUAAAACACCGCUAGAAAUCUU